GUUUCUGCGUUUAUGUAGCACUGCGAUUUUAAUCUGGCGAGAUAUUGUUCAGAUUAUUAAAGAUUUUUCUGUUCUAAGCAGAAACAGUGACAGUCAGCUUGGUUUUAUUCUGAAAAGCCCAGCCGGAAGUGUGUUGGCAGCAGCAUCGCCAGCUUGUUGAUGAUGACAUCAUGGAGGUCCGUCUCUGUCUGCGACAUGACUCCUUCAGCCGGAGACGCUCCGCCAGCCGCUCCGCCUAAACCCGUUCCGGUCGGAGAGAAGGAGCCGCUGGACGAGCUGGUUCUGGUUCUGGUUCCGGUCCGGGCCGGCGUUACUGGGUCACAGCUAGCUGCCGCCAGCCGGGGCAGAACAGACUGAGAGGACGGACUGACCUGUUGGAGCCGGAGAAUUAAACCCAGAUUAAACGGAACCAUGCUGGCCCGGUUCGGCUGAUGUUCUGAGUGGAGAGAUGCAGCAGAAGUUGUGCUCCAGAGGUUCUGGCUCCUUCCUGUUGGAGAGGAACGGUCAGGCCUGCGGCGCCCUCCCGGACUCCGUCACUUCCUGUGAGCUCCCGUUCCGAUGCCCCCGAUGCGGCGAGCAGCAGCGGUUCCGCAGCCUGGCCUCGCUGCGGGCCCACCUGGAGUACCGCCACUCCUACCGCUCUCCGGACGUGGUUUCUGGAGACUUCAGCAUCACGGGGUCGCACCCCGACCCGCUGGCGGCCGCCAUCGCCUGGCAGGACGCCAGCCUCCCGGCCCGCAGGGGGCAGCACGGCGCCGCGCGGCCGCCUCACGUCCGCUCCCUCAGCGACAGCAGAGACAGCGGCUACCUGCACUCCUACGGCGCGGUGAGGAGGCGCACCCAGAGCGUCGGCGUGGGGACGCAGGAGGAAGAGGUGGAUGAUGAAGAUACAGGAGAGGAAGAGGAGGAUGGAGAGGAAGCAGAAGAGACCAGACAGGAGUCAGAAGUCAAACAGUCAGACUCAGGACGCCUCCAUCACCUCCCGUUCUCUCCGGCGUCCCCGGACCCGGACCCGGACCUGGACCUGGACCUGGUUGCGCAGAGCUCCUACUGCGGCCGGGAAACGGCGGCGGCCUCGGCGGCGGUUCGGCGGCGGCUGGCCGGGAUCCUGCGGGCCGCCGACGGCACCAUGCAGCGGCGCCUGGCCAAGGUCAGCACGGAGCUGGCCCGGACCGACACCGAGCUGCUGUGUGAGCGCGCUCACUCGCAGCACCUGGCCCAGGAGCGGCAGCAGGUGGCGGAGCGGGAGCGCUCGCUCAGCCGGCAGGUGGACGUGGCCGUCAUGGUGAUCGCCGCUCUGAGGGAGCAGCUCAACGCCUCCGACAGCGAGCUGGAGCGCCGGGAGAGGGAGGUUCUCACCAUCCAGAGGUUCCUGGAGGCCGCGGCCCGCCAGGAGACCAGCGGGAAAGUCCGGAUCCAGCGCUUCAUCGAGAACCUGCUGGGCCGGAUCGCCCUGGCGGAGAGGCUGGUGGAGUAUUACCAGGUGAACGGCGGGCCGGCGCAGGGCGAGCGCCACAAGCAGCAGACUGAUGACGGCCGACACAGAAUCUCUAAAAGCAGGUCCGCCGGGGAUCAGCUGUUCUCUGGUCUCCAUGACAACAGGACUCAGUUGUCCUGCCGGUUCGGCGGCGGGCCCCCGGGCUCCGAAGCGGGUCCGGACCGGGACCGCGAGCGCCAGGAGCGCCUGGCCCAGUCCUCCAGGCUGUUCUGCCGACCGGAGCACAGAGAUGACAUCUGGAACCAGCAGCGGCGCCGGUCCACCGGGUACGAGGCCUAGAACUGUAGAGACGGCCCAGACAGACGGGCCUGAACAGAACCUCAGCAGAACCAGCUUCCCUCGGUUCCUGUAGGCGCUGAAUCGAGUUCUGCUGGUACAUUUUAGUUCUGGAUGUUUGUCUGCUGAGGUGAAGUGGACCAGAAAACAACCCGGUUCUGAUCGUAAUCAGAACCAACAGAAGUACCAACCGGACCAGGCUAAAUGUACCAGCUGUGUUCUGUUCUGGAUCAAACCUCUGCAGGGCGGUUCUGGUUCUUCAUACAUCAGCACAAAACAGAACCAGAGUAUUUAUCAAUCUGAAACUCUCCCCUUCCUCGGGUCGAACCUUCUCAUUCUGACCCGGUUCUGCAGAACCUCCAGGAGUUCUGCAUGCAGGCAGCAGAACUUCCUGGUGGAUUUCUCUGGGCUCUGUUGCUUUUUCUGUCUGGUUUUCCAGACAGCGGAUCCGGAUUCAACAGUUUUCCUCUGAUCCGGGUUCUGAUCCGGGUUCUGAUCCAGGUUCUUCUGGACCUUAAAGAUGUGAAUCAACAUCCUGAGGAAAUAUUUUCUGUUUAACAAUAGAUGUCAGCAGUGGUGGGCUCGUCUCCGCUAAUGUGCUAAUGCGCUAAUAGCACAGCUAAUUUUUCAUUUAGUUUAAACGUUAGCGUAGCUUAGGUUGAAUUCUCCACGUAAAUUCAAAUUUACUCGGCUGUUUAUAAACUUUCAGUUGGAUAAAAUUCAACAUCUGUCUUCAAGUUUUGGUCAUCGACUGUUAACAAUUCUUCAAUGUUCAGAUGUUUAUAUGCCAUUAUUUUGAAGGGGUGGGAACUGUUUCCUCUCCAUACCUUUUCUCUUUUUCUCUUAAUUAAGAAACGUAAAAAACAAACAAACAUGUUUUCCUUGCAACACAUGGUUGAUAUUAGCAUGUUAGCUUCCACUAAGACCAUGUUGGUUUAGCAUUUUAGCAUCAGUUUCAGCAAAAUGCCAUGUGGAUAGAGCGCUUUAGCUUUGGCUUUAGCUUUAGCUUCUGCUAAAGACCAUGUUGUUGUAUCGUUAUCAGAACUAAUGAUUAUGAUUAUUGCUUUGUUGUUAGGGUAGCUAACGUUUAGCUAGCGGCGUCCAUCACUGGAUGCCAGAACCAUUACAGAACCUGUAAUGGUUCUGGGUUUCCAGAACCAUUACAUGUUCUGGAAACCCAGAAAUUCACCUUAGAAAUCCUUAGAAGGUUCUGGAAGAACCUAAAGAAAACCAGGUCCAAUUUAUCAGAGCAGAGAAAUGAGUUCUGUUGGACCCGGUCGGGUUUAGAGGUUCUAAGCCUGAACCCGUCUGUUAAAUGGACCAGGAACCAGCUGGGCAGAGUUUCUGGAGAUGUUCCAUGACCCGGUUCUGGAGAUGUUCCAUGACCCGUAUGGACCGAGUUAUUCGACCCGAUUAGAGAUCAGGUUCUGGAGCUGCAGCAGCAGGUUUCUCUCCUUCCGCUCUGGUUUGGGUCAGGAAGCACCGCCUGGUACCGGGUCUGGGUCACAUGAACUAACUGUUGGUCCGAAGCCCGGUUCAGUUCGGUUCUGGAUUAAACCCAGAAGUGUUUCUAAGACCUUCAUGGAGCCCAGAACCUAACGGUACCAGAACAAAGCAGAACCUGAAGGAUGCCGGACCUUCUGAAUGUUAUCUGGGUCUGAACCGGGCUCAGAACCAGAACCAGGUCGCCUGCAGUGUUUCCGCCCUGAUCCGAUGAGUCUGUUCCUCCCAGAGUUCUACCAGCACCGACCCGUGGUUCCGCUGACCCGGUCCUCAUCACAGCGUCGGUGUUCAGCUGGUUCUGAUGGUCCGAUCGUAACCACCGCUUGAAGAAUGGGUUUAAAUGAUCUAGAACCCAACAGAACCGGAAGAGAAGGUUUGUGUUCUUAACCAGCCGAUCCUGAAGUUCCAGAUGUUUCUUUCAUUCAGGUUCUGGUUCUGGUUCUGAUUUAUUAAAUGUUCUGUAAAUAAAAUACAGCUGGAAGACGGACAAAAACACUAAAACACUAAAACACUAAAUCACUAAAUCCUACCAAGUUCCCAACUCUCACCUCCUGUUCCAGUCGGGUCAGGAGGUUGACGGGUCACAUGACGGGUCACAUGACGGGUCACCUGACAGGUCACCUGACGGGUCACAUGUCCAUCACAGGGUGACACAGAGACACUGAGGGAGAAUUUAAAGAACCCAGUUAACCUGACGUGUUUCUGGGCUGGGAGGAACCCGGAGAACCAGAGAGAACCCAGCAUGGAGACUCCAUGCAGAAAGACCCGGGCCGGGAAUCGAACCCGGGACCUUCAAAGCAACAGUACUCCCCACUGCACCACUGUGCAGUCCCUCCCCCCCCACAUAUCUUAAUGCAUUGAAAAAAGACAAAACUUGUUAGGAGGGAAAAUGUCUGGUUCCAGGUGAAAUAAUCGGCCACCAGUCGUUUUUCACUUGUUAGUUUUGUUUUAUUUCAAAUCUACGGAUUUAUUUGCACUAGAAACUAUAAACUGAAAUACUUGGUCAGAUUUAGUGUUUUUGCAGUGUGAAAUAAUGUUGAGUAAAUUUUCACCAACAAACUGAAAUUUCCAGAUUAAUUUAAAUAAUUCUUGGAUUUUUACUGUUUUGGUAAAUUUAUAAAUUUGCAAGAAAAAAAGAUUAAAAAGAGCAUACAUAUUUAUAAACUAGAACAAUCUAGUUUAUAAGGAUUAUUUAUGAAUGAUUUUUAAUGGCUGUUGUUUUAGGAAGGUGAGGAUUUCCUAAUCUGAAGUCAGAUGUUUCUGCCUUGUAAUCCGUUUAAAUUUGACAUUUUCUCCUUCAUUUACAACUUUUUUGCACCAGUUUUUAUUUCUUGUAAAUAUGUGAAGCUAAUUUAUACAUUUCAGAUUUUUUGGUGUAAAUUUUCUUCAGUCUAAAAUCGCCGUGAUGCUCGUCCUGAAGGCGUUCAGUGGUCGCCAUGGUAACCCCUGACCUCUGACCUGUCCUGUCAUGGAGGUUUUAGUUUCUCUAGAAAGCUGUUGAAUGUUUGGUGGAAGGCAGAAACCCGUCGUGUCCAGCCUCCGUGGUAAAGCAUGCUGUAUAUCCUGCUGUGUUUUCUAGCAGAGGAACUUUAUUUUGGCGGUCUGAGCAGGAAGUUGCACUUUGCUGGUUGUUUUCACACCAGGAGUUGAAUGUAGCGACAAUCAGCUCCGUUUGGGACGGCAGGAGCCCAAACGGGUCGCUGACUGGUUCUGUUCAGAGAGGCCGCUGGGUUUCCAUGUUGUGUUCGUGUCGUGUGUUCUUCCCUCGGCCCGGUUCGGUCCGUUUGGACCCGGCUGGGAGGAGUAAUCUCUAGUUUGGUGCCUUCGCUCCAGAACUCUGUAGUCUGUGAAACACUGUGAGGAGCUGCAGUCUCUGUCCUGUCAUGAUGUUCGAUGGAUUAAAGAACAAACAUGAGACCAAACUCACUGCCCGGUUCUGAGUCAUUCGGGUUUCUGCGGGUUCUAGAAGGUUCUGGUGAGUUGAGGUGAACAUGUUGGUCUAAAUAUGU